CCUCCGUCUCACAUCCCGCGUCAUUUUGGCUACUUGACAUGAGGUGAUUAAAAAACUUCCUCCUCCCAGAAAUAUUUCCCAAAUUUUACCUCUGCCCAUUCAUUGCCUUGGUUAUCCCCGGUUUCUGCUCAUCUAGCAAUCUUGUCGUAUACCAGCCGGCGCUCUACCUCUCCCUUCGACUUCCCACCCAACAACAGCCCAGCAGCUCUUGAUCUGGCAGCUUUCUCGUGCUUCUAUUUGCCCCGCAUCGAAAAAUCAUACUGCCCCUCCAUCCCAUCCAUCCAUCUUGCUCACACAGCAAGACCAGCACAACCCACACAUAAUGAGCUCAGCACAAGACAUCACCGGCGCAUCUGCGCAUGGAAGACAGCUCGAAGUCUCCGCCAGCUUGGGACUUUCAACUUCGCCAACCGCCACUUUCACCUCCCCCCCUUCAAGCUUCGCUAGAGCCGGCGCUGCUCUUGCCCAGAGGCCAGCCCCCAAGCUUCUGAAGCCCUUCAACACCCAGGACAUCAAAAUUUUGCUUCUCGAAAAUGUCAAUCAGACAGGAAAAGAUAUCCUGACCGAGCAAGGCUACCAGGUCGAGGCUCUCAAGACCUCUCUCCCCGAAGACAAACUCAUUGAGAAGAUUCGGGACGUGCAUGUCAUUGGUAUUCGCUCCAAGACCAAGUUGACCGAGAAGGUCCUGCGUGAGGCCAAGAACCUGCUCGUCAUUGGCUGCUUCUGCAUCGGCACGAACCAGGUCAACCUCGAAUACGCUGCCGCCCACGGCAUUGCUGUCUUCAACUCCCCCUUCGCCAAUUCGCGCAGUGUUGCAGAGCUCGUUAUUGCCGAAAUUAUCACCCUGGCCCGUCAGCUUGGUGACCGCUCCAACGAGAUGCACCGCGGCACCUGGAACAAGGUCAGCUCCAAGUGCUGGGAAAUCCGUGGCAAGACGCUCGGCAUUGUGGGCUAUGGCCAUAUUGGCUCCCAGCUUUCGGUCCUGGCCGAGGCUAUGGGCAUGAACGUCGUUUACUAUGAUGUCGUGAACCUGAUGGCAUUAGGAACCGCGACUCAGGUACCCACUUUGGAAGCCUUGCUCGAGGAGGCCGACUUCGUUACUUUGCACGUGCCUGAGUUGCCAGAGACCAAGAACCUGAUCUCUACUGCUCAGCUCGAGAAGAUGAAGACUGGCGCUUACUUGAUCAACGCCAGUCGCGGGAGCGUUGUCGACAUCCAGGCUCUUAUUAAUGCCAUGCGCUCUGGCAAGAUCGCUGGUGCUGCUCUUGAUGUCUACCCCAACGAGCCGGCGGCCAACGGCGAUUAUUUUAACAGCUCACUCAACACAUGGGGCGAGGAUCUGCGUAGCCUGAACAACAUCAUUUUGACGCCACACAUUGGUGGCAGCACCGAGGAGGCCCAGCGCGCUAUUGGUGUCGAAGUUGCCGAGGCGCUUGUUCGCUAUAUCAACCAGGGCACCACGCUCAACAGUGUUAACCUGCCCGAGGUUAACCUGAGAUCAUUGACUUUGGAUGAGCCCGACCACGCUCGUGUCAUCUAUAUUCACCGCAAUGUUCCCGGUGUCUUGCGCAGAGUUAACGAGAUCCUUGGCAACCACAAUGUUGACAAGCAGAUUUCCGACAGCAGAGGCGACAUUGCAUACCUCAUGGCCGACGUAAGCAGCGUCAAGGCCGAGGACAUCAAGGAGAUCAACGACGGUCUGGAUUCUCUGAGCUCACGCAUCAUGACCCGCGUCUUGUACUAGACGCGCAAGUAGAAACUAUGGCAUUGGUAAGGCGUUUGUGAUGAAGAUUCCUGGUUCGUGAAAAAAGAAGGUUCUCAGCGACCCAAGACAGCAUCUCAACAUGUCGAUAUGGGAUCUGGGCACUUUGGAUAAGGGAGUACCGGGUUUCACAUCAACUUGAAGGCAUAUAAAAGCUGGUCGUUAGAUAAAAUAUGGGCAUGGCUGGGAAGAAAUCAAUGUGGUAGAAGUUACAACGAGACAGAACGGAACCAACAUUUGCAAUUACA